GACCCCUGAUCUACAUAAAACUGUUACCAAUAACACCUUUAAAAGUCAUUCAUUUCUUGUGAGUAGUUUUUGGCCUGUGCGUAAAGGGGGACUUUGAACCAACAUUUGGGUUAAUUUUAAACAGUAUGAGUUAGUUCUGACUGGUUCUAAAUAAAGCUGCAGUCACUGAGUCAAUAAAGCCACCAUUGACCGAGGAAUGCGCCUCGUCAUCACAAGUUUCCCCCUGAGGGGUAAAGAAGAAGGAGAAGGAGAAGAAGGAGGAAAGAGGAGGGGUUGUUCUCUCAGCAGGGACUUUCCUCACUAGUUGAGUCACAGGGCACCGUGCCGGAGAUGUUGCCGGUGUCGCCACGGAGGAGGUAUGCGGACCUGUGCGCGGUGGCGCGGUGGUCCUCUCCGCUCCAGAGCGCUACUCCUUCUGAUCCCACCGGUUCUACUCGCUCUCCAGCUGCUCCUCGUCGGUCCGCGGUUACCUGGAGGAGUCAGCAGGACGGAGGAGGAGGAGGAGGAGCAGGAGGAAGUCGCCUUCUCCGUUAUCAGCAUCGAACCGGAGAGGAACCAGCGGAGAUCCCCGAACAGGCUUCCGGGUGGUCUGCAGGAGGAGGAGGAGCAGGAGGAGGAAGAUGAUGGGCAGCUGGCACGAGCUUAUGAGGAUGAGAACGAGAUGCACUCGCGCCAGGUGGGACCCAGAGCACUGGAGGUGCAGCCGUGGGCGGCAGAAGAGCCAUCCUUCACAGCAGAAGUCAACCGUAUCAUCACGUAUAUCACCAGGCCACAGCUGAACUGCUCCAGGAUUUUGUCUCCAGGUCAGGCUCAGACAUCACAGCCCCCUGCAGGUUCCCCCCACUGGCUGCUGUGUGCAGAGGACUGGCUCCUUCCAGCUGCAGACAGGCCGUGUGUUGCAUACUCCUUUAGUAUGGACGGGGGAGAUGCAGACUUUCUGAAGACUGUGUCGGGGCUGGGAUGUGAAGUCCACAGUUUUGAUCCCAGCAGCUCCAAUGCAUCUGGUGGUCACCUUGGCAACAGUUUGUCCGGUAACCAUGGUGACGGAGGCGUGGUCAGCCGGCACAAGAUGUGGCUUGAGUGGCGAGUUCCGAGGAAGCGCAAGCACAAGACAAGAGGCAACCUGGGUGGUGUUUCUCAAACACUGGCAGACAUCAUGGCAGCUUUGGGACAUCACACAGUUCACUUCCUGUAUGCUGACCUGCUGAGUGCUGAGUGGCGAGUUUUCCAGAACUGGAUUGAGUCGGGAACUCUACAGAGUGUCCAUCACCUGGUUGCCACAGUGCACCUGCAAUGGGCCGGGUUUGAAGUGGGAGGAACCAGUGAGGAAGUGCUCCGCUAUUGGUUCAGUAUCCUACAGGGUCUCCAAGCCUCGGGACUCAAGCUGGUCCACAGCUCUGCAGGAGAGGGUCACAGGGUCCUAAAACAGACGGUGGUGAAUGGUCACAGCUCCUACACACUCAGUUGGGCCAACACAAGACGAUGACACUCGCACAUGAAUGAACACAGGUGUACAGACACAGUGGAUGGCCUCAAACAAGAAGGAGAAACUUAAAAUAGUUGGUGGUGCUACACUUUUCUUACAAUUCACUUUUUUCUUGCCAUUUCAGUUCUUAACAUGACGUCUCCCUCUAGUGGAGAUGACAGGAUCUGCCUUUGUAUGACUCACUCCACCGUCAGAGGAAAUACUGUUGUGUCUGUAGAUAAUACUGGCUAGUUUGACCAAAUAUGGACAGGGGGAGGGUGGGCUCGCUGAUUUAACCAGGCAACAGUGCAACUAUAUAAUAAUUAGAACUACAGAUUUUAUUUUGUCUCACUUCGAACAUAAAAAAAACAGCAGAUAUCUGUAAAUUGCAGCAACUGAUUGUGUUUUAAUUUGCCCUAAGUAUUUGCCCUUCUUUUUCUUUCUUUAGUUGAGUGAUUUUAUCAAUAUCAUAUUAUCAUUUUGCAUUGAUUUGAACCGGCUGUACUUUGAAUGUAGAUUCAACAGAUUAUUUAAUGUAUUUGUGUACAUGUCUGUAGGCCUUAAAAUGCUUUAAUGUGCAAUAAUUCUUUACAUUGAAGAGAAGCUUGAAUAAUAUUGAGACUAAUAGUGUCUAGUGUGAAAUAUACAGAAAAGAAAUGUGCAAUGAUAUCACAAUAAAAUACCAAAUGAAGCCA